AUGGCGGUUACAGCAGCAGUUUAUCCUCCGCUUGAGGAGCGUCCGUUCAAGGAUACUGUGCUUCUUUUUGAUGUUGAUGAUACCCUGACCAAGCCCCGUCAGCUCGUCAAGCCUGAAAUGCUCCAAAUCCUCUCCGAACUCCGCCACAAAUGCGCCAUCGGCUUCGUCGGCGGCUCCAACCUCGUCAAGCAACAGGAGCAGCUCGCCACCCCAGACGUAAACGUAACCUCGCUCUUUGACUUUGCCUUUGCUGAAAACGGGCUCACUGCCUACCGGCUCGGCGAAGAACUCGAGUCCCAGAGCUUCAUCGGCUGGCUGGGCGAGGAGCGCUACAAGGCCCUUGUCAAGUUCAUCCUGCACUACAUUGCCGACCUCGACAUCCCCAUCAAGCGCGGCACCUUUAUCGAGUUCCGCAACGGCAUGAUCAAUGUCUCACCCAUUGGCCGCAAUGCAUCGACCGAGGAGAGAAACGAGUACCAAGUCUAUGAUCUCGCAAACAACAUUCGUACCACCAUGGUCGCUGCGCUCAAGGAAGCCUUUCCAGACUUUGGCCUCACCUACUCGAUUGGCGGCCAAAUCUCCUUUGAUGUCUUCCCCACCGGCUGGGACAAGACGUACUGCCUCAAGCACAUCGAGGCCGAGGAGAAGCGGACGGGGAUCGUGUACAAGAAUAUACACUUCUUUGGUGACAAGGCGUAUGAAGGUGGGAACGAUUGGGAGAUUUACAGUGAUAAGAGGACGAUUGGUCACAAGGUUAAGAAUCCAGAUGAUACGUAUGCACAGUUGCAGGAGUUGUUGAAGAGCUUCCAGUAG